AUGGAGAAACAAAACGAAAAAGAACUUGGCGAUAGUCUGGCACUUUUGAAAAGAAAAAGAAGAACAGUGCGAGGUAAUGUUACUCGAUUUAUUACGAAAUUAAAUUCUGAUCUUUCUGCAACCUCUGACACUUUAAAUGAAAAUGUCGAAUAUAUUAGUCAUCGGCUUUCCGAUUGCUUGUUAGAAAUGAAGAAAUUGGAUAAUGACAAUCAUAGUUUAUUAACAGAUGGUGAUUAUGACAAUGAUAUUAUUCAAUGUGAAGAAUACAUGGAUAAUGCCGAGCUCGCUAUCUUUAAAGCAAAAAAAUUUUGUAGUAGAAAUAAUUUUGAAUCUAAUACGUCGCGAUCGCCAGAAGUAACCGUUUCUCAAAUACCAGUUACACAAGUACCCGUUAUGCAAUUACCCGUUUCUCAAUCUCACACAGUGAAACUUCCUACUAUUAAACUCGAUACUUUUCGAGGAGAUAUUGAACAAUGGCAGUGUUUAUGGGAACAAUUUAAAUCUUCUAUUGACGAUAAUAAUAGUUUAUCAUUAGCUGAUAAACAUGUGUUUUUGCGAGGAUAUUUAGAAGAUGAACCAAGACGUUUAGUCGACGGAAUCAGUAUUAGUGCCGACACAUAUGAAACUACAAAAGCUCUUCUUCAAAAUCGAUAUGGUGACAAAAACAGAAUGAUUCAAGCACAUUUAGACUUUUUGGAAAAUAUUUCGCCAAUACGUAAUCCCACUCCUAUUGUAUUGAAUGAAGUAUUUAUAGAAUGCAACAGAAGACGAAACGCUUUAACGGCUUUGGGGGAGGAUAUUAACGCUUACGGGCGAGUUUUGGCUCCAAAAAUUUUACGUGCCUUUCCGGAUGAUAUUUGGCGCAGAUGGAUUAUUUACGCAAAAAGAGAGAAAAUAUCAGAAGGUGAUAUGAAUAAACUAGUGCAAUACUUAUCUGAAGAAGUAGAAGGUGCUCUUACAACACUAAAAAUUCGAGGUGAGCAAAACUUUGAUUACAUAUUUAAGACAUCUACAGCAGCUUUGCAUGUGAAUUCUAAAAAGAUUUACCAGACUAAAAAACCAUCUCCAUUUUGCCCCUUCUGUGAAAUUAACGGUCACUGGCCGCAAGAUUGUACGAAUAUAACUGAUAUCGAUACUCGAAUCCAAAAAUUAAAAACCUCUGGUAGAUGCUUCCUGUGUACUAAUCGUGGCCAUAGUAUAAAAAAUUGCCUUCGCAAAGAUAAAGCGUUCUGCAUAAGAUGCAAAAAGAAGCACCAUGUCUCUAUUUGUAAAAAUAACAGUUCAAAUCAACCUAGCCACUCUAUUUCUACAAAUAACAUAGAUACUCGUACACCUAAUUUUACUCACUUACAGACUGCUCGAGUAUAUAUAACUGGCCCAACUGGCAUUACUAAGCUUACAAGAUGCAUUUUAGAUUGUGGAAGUCAAACCAGUUUCAUUCAUUCACAUCUUGUAGACUACCUAAAAUUAGAUGUUAUUAGCUCUGAUUCACUUGAAAUUCAUGCAUUCGAAUCAUCAUCAAAUCAGGCUCAAUCGAGACGAAAAGUAAGAUUUAAACUAUCAAGUAUUUGGAAUCAGUCAGAAAUUUAUCUACAUGCAUUUGAAAGUCCUAAUAGAUAUGCAGUUCAUCCAUCAGUUCCAUUAGAGAUUGCUUCUACGGCUCACAAGAAAAUAAUUAGGCUUGCUGAUCCGAAUGACACCAUGCAAGAGAGGCCUAUAGAAGUUUUGAUUGGUGCAGAUUUUUACUGGACGGUGGUGAAUUCUGAGAUUCCUUUCAGACUUUCGGAAACAAUUGUGCUCAUUCCAUCAGUCUUUGGCUGGAUUUUGUCUGGAUCCAGAUCUCAUACAUCUGUCGCUUCUUUAUCGUCAGUUCAUAAUAUUAGUAUCAAAUUACCAUACACUUUGGAUGAUCAAGUUAGGAAAUUCUGGGACUUAGAUACUUUAGGUAUUAAAGUCAUGCAAGACAGAGAAAUGUCCAUUCGCAGUUCUGAAAUAUUAGAAGACUUUUGCAGUUCUUAUGAAGUCCUAGAAAAUCGUCGUGUUGUUAGAUUACCUUGGAAGAAAGAGUUUACUCUUUCUUCAAAUAACUAUCACGGUGAUCCAAAUCGUUGGAAAACCUUUGUCUGUAACCGAACGAACGAAAUUCUCAAUUACACAAAUCCAACACAAUGGCGGCAUUGCUCUGGCAAUGAAAAUCCUGCCGACCAUUUGUCUCGUGGUGUUGUACCAACAGAGCUUAAAUCAUUGGAUCUUUGGUGGCUAGGACCAACCUGGCUAACACAAUCAUCAAAGUUUUGGCCUUCAAAACAACUGAGUGACGCUAAUCCAGAUGUUUAUGCUGAACUACGUAAACCAGCUUCUCAAUCUUUAUUGAUAACUUCUUACCAACCUCUUAUUGAUAUAUCGCGCUUCAGUUCAUAUAUGAAACUUCUUAGAUUUACAGCAUCGAUAUUUCGCUUCUUGUAUAACUGUCGAUCCAAGCAACGCAAUUCUAUUGACCUGACAUGUGAUGAGCUUAACACAGCAAAAAACUAUUGGAUUCUCACAGUGAAACAGCAAUGCUUUUCGGCAGAGCUUAACGCUUUACAAAAUAAUUCCCCUUUGCCAAAAUCUUCAAAAAUUAGCCGUUUUAACCCAUUUCUUCGAGAAAAUCUCAUACGAUUAGGAGGUAGAUUACAGUUUGCAUCGUUCAAAAAUGAGCAAAAGCACCCUUUGCUUCUUGAUGGCUCUCAUCCUUUUGUACAUCUUUUCAUAUACUACACACAUGUGAAGCUUCAUCACUUAGGUGUUCAAAUAGUACUUUCAGAAAUUCGUUCCAGCUUCUGGAUAAUACGGGGAUGUGAAGCCAUUAAACGAGUGCUCGAUAAAUGUCUACCUUGUAAACUCUCACAGGCAUCUAGAAGUCAACAACUCGAAGCUCCUUUACCAAGAGACAGAAUUACACCUUGGCUUCCAUUUACUACUAUUGGCAUAGAUUUCACUGGCCCACUUUAUGUUCGUAACUUGAAAUCUUUAAAUACGGCCUAUAUCGCACUUUUCACUUGCUCAACUACUCGUGCUGUACAUAUUGAACUAGUCUCUGAUCUCACUACUGACAAAUUUCUCAUGGCCUUAAAAAGAUUUGUAGGCAGAAGAGGACUCCCUCUUACAAUAUACACUGACAACGCCACUACCUUCCAUGCCGCUAAUAAAGAGCUAUCCAUUUUAUGUUCCCAAAAGUUCAGCAAUAUUAUGCCCAGACGGGAAUUAAGUGGAAAUUUAUUGUUGCACGAGCGGCUUGGUGGGGAGGAUGAUGAAGAAGGUCUUUCUACAGCAUUAGUUGGUGUUGAAGCCGCAUUAAAUAGUCGACCGUUAGUUUAUGAACAAGGAAAUGAUGAUCCUGAAGAAACAUUAACACCAUCCCAUUUUCUUACCGGUAAAAGACUUACAACCAUACCUUCACAGCCUGCAGCAUCAAAUCUUUCCAAAGUUCGUAACAUUCAAAAAUCAUCUCAUGUUCGUGUUGGAGACAUAGUACUACUUCACGAAGAUGUAAGACCACGGCAUACGUGGAAAAGAGCUUUGGUUACCGGACUAAUAAAAGGACGCGAUGGAAAAGUCCGCACUUGUACUUUACGAUCUGAUGGCAAGGAAAUAUCCCGACCUGUUCAAUUGAUCAUUCCUCUUGAGGUUGAUCAGGGUGGAGAGGAUGUUCCAGACGCAAGUGCGUGA